AUGCCGGAAAUAAAGGUAUUUUCUAGAGCUGAAGUAGCCAAACAUAAUACUGAAGACGAUUGCUGGAUUAUUAUUGAUGGUGCUGUCUACGAUGUAUCCACUUUUGCCCAACUCCACCCUGGAGGAAGUCAAAUAUUGAUAGAACUAGGCGGCAAAGACGUUACAGAGGACUUCUAUGGCCUCCAUCGACAGGAAAUAUUGAUAAAGUAUGCGCCCCGUCUCAAGAUCGGUACCAUCGAGAAUGAAGUAGCACAAGUGACUAUGCCUGUUCCUGGUGAUCUUUCAACUGUUCCAUUCGGUGAACCCAGCUAUUGGAUGGGCUUUAAGAGUGCAUAUUUUAAUGAAAGCCACACUCGUUUCAGAAAAGCAGUGCGUGCUAUUUACGAUGAAAUCAAGCCAGAUGCCAUUUUAGCAGAAGAUCAAGGCACAUAUCCUUCAAAGGAACUCUAUAUGAAAUUGGGAGAAGCUGGUAUACUUGCCUCGCAAAUCGGCCCUGGACCAUGGUUAAAAGGUUUAAAGUUGCCUGCCGAUAUUAAACCUGAAGACUUUGACUAUUUCCAUGAACUCAUUGCUCAUCAAGAGACUGCACGCCUUGGUACACCUGGUUUUGCAGAUAGCAUUUCCUCAGGUUAUAGCAUUGGACUUCCUCCCAUUUUCAACUUUGGUAGUCCUGCUUUGAAAGCUAAAGUCGUACCAGAAGUAUUAUUGGGCAAAAAACGUAUUUGUUUAGCCAUUACUGAACCUUAUGCAGGUUCUGACGUUGCUCGUAUCCGCACGACAGCAACUCGUACCGCAGAUGGAAAACAUUUUAUUCUGAACGGUGUCAAGAAAUGGAUUACCAAUGGUGCCUUUGCCGAUUACUUUACCGUAGCUGCUAGAACUGAAAAGGGUAUUACUAUGUUCUUCGUAGAACGCGAUGACAAUAUUGAAACGAAGCAGAUUAAAACAUCGUACUCUCCUGCUGCUGGCACUGCUUACAUUACGCUUGAGAAUGUGAAGGUGCCAGCCGAGAACAUUCUUGGAAAAGAAGGACAAGGUUUUCAGGUGAUCAUGUACAAUUUUAAUCAUGAAAGAUGGUAUAUUUGUGGUGCAAUGACGGGUGCUACACGUGUUGUCAUUGAAGAAUGCUUCAAGUGGGCUAAUCAACGAAAGGUAUUCGGAAAACGUCUGAUUGAUCAGCCUGUCAUUCGAAAUAAACUUGCUGCCAUGGUAUCCCAGUUGGAAGCUGUAGAGAACUGGUUGGAGAACAUCACGUAUCAAAUGUGCAAUAUGUCUUACGAAGAGCAAUCUGUUAGGUUAGCUGGUCCCAUUGCACUAUUGAAAUACCAAUGUACUCGUGUUGCGCAUAACGUAUCUGAUGAUGCUUGCCAAAUCUUUGGUGGAAGAGGUAUAACUAAGACUGGUAUGGGCCGUAAUAUUGAAGCGUUCCAAAGAACUUAUAAAUUCGGUGCCAUUUUGGGUGGCUCUGAAGAGAUUAUGGCCGACUUGGGUAUCAGACAGGCAAUGAAGUUUUUCCCUAAAGGUGCCAAACUUUGA